GUUCUUUCCCCUCCAGUCCGAAUAUUGGGCCAGUCUAUCUGAUUGGCCCAUAGGUGACUCUUCAGAGCAGUGCAUGCCACGACUCACUCGAUCACAGACCAAGACCAUGGACCGGAAGGAGGGAGAAUCCCUCCUGGCCUAUGAGGAACGCCUGGCUGCUGUCAUCCAGGAGGCCAAUGACAGGGCUGCCGCCGCGGCCAAGGAACGUGGUCGGAUUGAGCAAGAAGAGGAGGCCAAGCGACAGAAGGAMGAACAGGACCGACUUCGUCAAGAGGAGGCAGACAUGCAGGCGACAGCCGAACACCGGUCACACCAGCGGGAACGACUGUUCACGCGGGAGACCGUGAUCGGCGAUGAGGCCGCACAUUGGGUGCAAGUGGCAUCUGCAGACGAGGCCCCGGAGACUGAGAAAGGGCUGUCAGCCCUUGCGCAGGUCUCCCACGACCUCGUGGCCACCUGCGUUCUGCAGCAGGAGGAAAUCCUUCACCUGCAGCAGACAGUGGACCAGAUGCUCGCACGGCUGCAGGCGUUGGAAAAACAGCCAGCUGUUGUAGCAGCUGCAGGGCCUUCAAACCUUGCCACCCAUGUUCAAGUUUUGGAGGACGACGUCAGCAAUAUCAAGCGUGUGCAUCAGGACUUCAGGACGUCGCAGCAAGCAACGAACUUGCAGUUGGAGACGCAGGUCCAGGCUGCUGCCACCGUGACGCCCGCCGCCGCAUCCUCCAGGCGCCCACCCAAGCUAGAUGACAUUCCAAUCUUCUGCGAUCAGUCCAAGACGGAACCGAUCCCGUGGUGGCGCCAGUUUACUCUCAGGCUCGACAUGCACCAUGUCCCGAACAACGAUCGACAUCUGUGCUUGUACCACCGAUCUGGUGGUGCGUGUCAAGCAUGGCUGGACAACAUCUUGACCAGCCACGGCGUAGCAGUGUCGGAACUGCACACCAAGCUCACUUGGCAGGAGUUGACUGACGCCUGGCACAAGCGAUUCCAAGUGGAGCCGCCCGACCUGCAAGCGAUGGACAAGCUCAACAAGCUCCAUCAGAACACGCUGCUCAGUCAGGACUGGAUUACCGAAUUGCGGAGACACUCGACACAUCUGACAAGCUUUUCAGCACAACGUCAUGGAUCAUUCUCACGAAUAUCGAAGCCCGCAAUGCCGGCCGAUCUUCCGCGACGACGAGCGGCACCCAACCCAAGCCAAAGGUGGCUUGCAUUACUUCUACCGAGGCUGCAACACCAAACGAGGGUGAAGUGUUGGCAGCUGCCYGGGAUGGUGGCCGGCCGCGCAACAACCACGGCCGCGACAAGACGAAGACUCAGUCCACCUCUACACCGAGCACCGGAUCAGCAGCCAACGAACCUUGGGCGCAAUACGAACUCUCGGCGAAUUCCUAUCGCACGCGACUCACCGUUAUUGCCUUUGGUGCAACAGCACCAUCCACGAUGCUGCACAUUGCCCCACCAAGGGGAAACCCCGUCCGGGAAAGUAGGCGCCGCCGAGGGUGACUCGACACCUCCCUCGACGCCAUCGGAAGCGGUUGUGGCCACGACCACCCUUUCUUCCGAGGCAUAUGCGGAUGUCGAGAGUCUUCCACUUUCGUUCGAAGACUUCGCUGCCCGGCUCGUUCCUUCACUGGAUGCUUCUCAAGGACAAGAUACAUGUGCGGCUUUCUCACCGUCCGAAGGUUCUUCCGCCAGUUCGUCUUCAUCAAGGGAUUCGGCAAGCGUGUUCAACGAGGAGGCUUUGGACCCGCUCACACCCGAGGACUUCGGUUGGAUUCUUCUCCCUACGACAGGCAACCUUCCGGGGCCGCAAAGCGCAGCCCUAUGCGCCCUCUUACACGAGUAUCUUUCCUUCCAUGCACCACCAACUUYGCCGACGGUAGACGAAGUCGCGGUGGGGGACAUGCUUGGCUAUGUUGCCAAGGUGGCCCGCGAGUUUAUCUCGCAACGGUACGAAGAAAACAGCGCACCGUCGCUCUACGUUCGCAUUCAGAUUGGGCAAGCGGCCUGCAACGCUUUGCUAGAUUGCGGCGCAACUCGCAACUUCAUCAGCCAGUCCUUCAUGACUCGGGCUGGCCUUGGCGCACAAGUACGGAGGAAGUCACAUCCGACGAUGGUUGCUCUUGCCGACGGUAAGACGAAACARCUUUUAGACCGUUACAUCUCGGCUGUCCCGGUGUACUUUGCACCGCACGCAUGUGAACCCGUCACUUUUGACGUGUUGGACACCGACUUCGAUGUCAUUUUGGGAAUGCCUUGGCUUUCUAGCGCGGACCACACGGUCAAUUUCCAUCGACGCACGCUCACGAUUCGUGAUGCAACUGGCGCCGAGGUCCCGUGUACUAUUCCUCCUCCUCGCUCUUCCAUUCGGUGCMAAGUCGUGAGUGCCAAAUCUUUUCGAGACACAUGCCGUUCCGAGCAUGUCGAAGAGAUUGACAUCGCUUUUCUUCGAACCGUCCCGACGACCGAUUCAUCAUCCACGGAUGUGUCUUCCGACCCCCGUGUGACCCGGUUGUUAGACGAGUUCUCGGAUGUUUUUGAGACACCCUCCGGUAUAGUGCCAGACCGGCCAAUCUCUCAUGAGAUCAUACUUGAGGCCGGUGUCGUGCUACCGAAGGAAUGCAUUUAUCGCAUGUCCGAGGAGGAGCUCACGGUUCUCCGUGCGCAACUCGACGAUCUACUUGACAAGGUUUGGAUCCGCCCUAGCAGCUCACCUUACGGUGCGCCCGUUCUCUUCGUUCAGAAGAAGAACAAGGACCUUUGACUUUGCAUUGACUACCAACGCCUCAACGCGCAAACCAUCAAG